AUGGCGGCGCCGGCCCCGCUGCAGCUCCCCUCCAGCCGCAGGUCCGAGCCGGCCUACCGAGAACAAAGACGACAGAAAGUUGAAGAAUAUCUAUCAAGAAAAAAGACCUUUUCUGGUGUGCCCAUUCAAGAAAACCAGACAUCAAUCAGUAGCAGAACUAGGAGAGCAACUAGCAGUAAACUGCAAGACAAAAUACAGCUCUCAACAGCUCCAAAGCCAAAAAUGGAAAAUAAAGAGAAUGCUAGUAAACUGUCAUGGGAUCAAUCAAGCGAAACCUCAGAAAAAAAUAUUAUCUUAAACUCUUCCACCAUCACACUGACAAAUUCUGUACCAGGCACCAACUAUAGUACAGAAGAUCACGAAGCCACUGAAAUAAAAUCUCAGCAUAUGUCACUCAGCAAGUCCUUCUUGCAAAUAAAACGCAGGAAAGAGAAGCAACUGAUUGCAGAAAAACAAAAUUCAACUGUCAGCCUACCAAAGAAACCAGUGCUUGGUACAUACCGUGGCAAAGUUAUCCAAUCCAAGAUAAACUCCUUCCGAAAGGCACCAAAAAGUGAGGUGGAAAAGAGUUCUUUGCCAGACAAGAAGCUCCUUCCUUCUGCCACCAAACGAGCAGCAAGUUCUUCAUCCACAGACAGCUCUGGUGUAGUUCUGAAGACCAUGAAAAUCACAAACCACCGGAAUUCUGUAAAACCAAAUGGUGUCCUCCCAUUCCAGAGUGAACCAACUGACAAAGCUGCUGUUAACUCACAAUCUCAUCUGAAGAAGCAGCAACUGACAUCUGCUGUAGCACUAAAGAAAGUAACAGUCCAAAAAAGGGUGGGUGGAUGGGGACCACAGCCACUGAAGGCUGCUUCUAACGUUUCUGACCGCAGAGUACUAGGCGUGAAGAAAUGUACAGAUGCAAGACCAAAAGCUCCAGCACAAACAAUUUCUCUUGAUCCUGUUACAAAGUUGGGACAGGAUUCUAAAACUAAUGGCAACAGAAAAUCUAUUCUGCCAAAAGAGUCAGCAGAAGAGAGAAGAGCUCGCUUGGAUGAAUGGAGGGCAUCGAGAGGAAAAGUGAUGAGGAGACCUCCUAUAUCUGUGCUUCCGGGACCCCACUCUAAAAGUGAAGAACAAGAAUUCUCUUCUGGGGAUUCUUUAGAGCAUGUAUUAUGUAGUGAAAAGGUCAACAAGACUCUUGAAGAAUGUCUGCAGUUAACUGAACAGGGAUGUCAAGGUGAUGAAAUACGUGCAAAGUUGGAAGAUCUGACACAGGGCAUUCCUGGGGCUAAAAAGCUUGCAAAAUAUUGGAUCUGUUGUAUGCGUCUUGAACAGAUGGGCCCUCUUGAAAAGAUAAUUGCUGUCUUUGAGGAGGCCAUUUUGGAAGGAGCAAUGCCUAAAGAUGAACUACGACAUGCACUAAUAGAUAGUAUGAAAAAUACUGAAAGCCUUUUCAGGUCUGAGGAUGGGGGAACUGUAACACAAACUAAUUUAAGUGAUGCAGUGGAAGUCAGCAAGGAACCAAAUUCAUCUGCAGAGCAGGUUGGGAAGGCCUCCAAGGAUCUCGGCUCUGAUGAUGACCAAAAAGCGGAGAGUGAUCACACAAAGGCAGAGACUAACAGUGAAGUGAUCAAAAAAGAAGAAACUGAUUUAGACUUGAAACCAAGAGAAGAGAUCUUGCCAAAAAAGAAGAAAAAGCACAAGACUAAAGAAUCUAAGAAAAAGAAAGGAAAAUGUGAAACAGCAGAGCCGAAUGAGGAUGGUGUAAAAGAUACAGCCCAACCAGUUAAUUCUCUUGAGAAGGAGGAUGACACAUCUUAUUUAAUGAGACACAAUCCACCUACCACACCAUACUUGGAGAGUGUGAAGAUGCAACAUGAGGCAAAUGACUCCAGUGCUAAAGACCUGAAAAUUGUAACUCCCUUGAGAUAUUCUCAACGCAUUCGGGAGAAGAUGUGUAAGCCGUCCGAUACUGUUAAAGAUCACGAUCCAUGUGUCUCUUCAUGGGAACAGCUGGGAGAUCUGGAAUCACAAGGCACUGCAUUUAUCCACAAAGAGAGCAAUGCUCUUGAAACAAGUGCUGAAGUAGAAGAGUAAAAAUAGCAUUAAUGCUGCAUGUGGCUAAAGAUUGGGUCCUUUUAAGGAGGGUUGGGGUUAUUUGUUUUUAGCAACUUUAAGAGAGGAGCUAUCGAAAACUUGCAUGGAUAGCUUAAGAUGAUCUUUGCCUGAGUUGCUAAACUUUUGAAUUUAUAAGUUUCUACCUUUUCAAAAUUGUGGUAUAUCUGGUCUGUUUUAGUUCUUAUAAGCGAUGUCUUCAUGUUUAAAAUUAUUCAUUAAAUACUGAAUUAAGGACUAGUUUUAACAUUUCAUAUAACACUUUGUAUUGUAUUGCUAAUACCUACUGUUUUCCUGUUGCAAUUCCUAUACAUUCUUCAGAAUUGCACAGUCUUUCAGUUUAAAAAACAAAAUUAACAUAGGCACUCCAGUAGGACAGUGUCUACUAUAGCAACAUUUACUUUUGAAAGUGGCAAUCAGCUAGCAAGGAACAUAUUACAUUUAAACUGCUGUAUCCAUUUUUAGGGGGUAUUUCUACAAAACUGAGUUUAAUCCCUUUAGUUAUCAGAAUUAUUAGUGAUCAAGUAAUCUCUGUUAGAUAAG